AAGAUGUGGCUGCUGUUGACAGUAACAAGUGUGAUAUCUACAUUUGGAGGGACACAUGGCUUACUGGGAAAACUGGCUCCUGAAAGUCCUGAAGCGAACAUGAAUAUUAGCCAGAUGAUAAAUUACUGGGGAUAUCCUAGUGAAGAGUAUGAUGUUAUUACUGAAGAUGGCUACAUUCUGGGGAUCUACAGAAUUCCUUAUGGGAAGAAAAAUUCAGAGAAUUUAGGCCACAGACCUGUGGUGUUUUUGCAGCAUGGUUUGCUAGCAUCAGCCACAAACUGGAUCGCAAAUCUGCCCAACAACAGCCUGGCCUUCAUUUUGGCAGACGCUGGCUAUGAUGUGUGGCUGGGGAACAGCCGAGGGAACACAUGGUCCAGGAAAAAUUUAUAUUAUUCUCCAGACUCAGUUCAAUUCUGGGCUUUCAGCUUUGAUGAAAUGGCUAAAUAUGACCUUCCAGCCACAAUAGACUUCAUUGUACAGAAAACUGGACAAGAGAAGUUGCACUAUGUUGGUCAUUCUCAGGGCACCACUAUUGGUUUUAUUGCCUUUUCUACCAUGCCUGAACUGGCUAAAAGAAUCAAGACAUUUUAUGCAUUAGCUCCAGUUGCUACUGUGACAUACGCACAAAGCCCUUUGAAAAAGCUUUCAGUUAUUCCUACAUUUCUUUUCAAGAUGAUAUUUGGUGACAAAAUAUUCAUGCCACACAACUUCUUUGAUCAAUUUCUCGGUACUGAAGUGUGCUCCCGGGAGCUGCUCGACCGUCUCUGCAGUAACGCUUUAUUCAUCAUGUGUGGAUUUGACAGGCAGAACUUGAAUGUGAGUCGAUUCGAUGUGUAUCUAGGGCAUAAUCCAGCAGGAACAUCCGUUCAAGACAUCCUCCACUGGGCCCAGGUUGCCAGAUCUAAGAAAUUUCAAGCCUUUAACUGGGGAAGCCCAUCCCUGAACCUGUUACACUACAAUCAGAAAACGCCUCCUGAAUAUGAUGUGUCAGCCAUGACUGUGCCAAUUGCAGUGUGGAAUGGUGGCCAUGACAUCCUGGCUGAUCCCCGAGAUGUUGACAUGCUGCUUCCCAAACUCCCCAACCUGAUUUACCAUAAAGAGGUUCUUCCUUACAAUCAUCUUGACUUUAUCUGGGCAAUGAAUGCUCCUCAAGAGGUCUACAAUGAGAUGAUUUCCAUAAUGGAAAAAGAUUGA